AUGCCGUGGGUUAUACUCAGGAAGGGUGUCGCUGUGAGUGCAACAGUGGCCACCGCAGCCGCCGUUUCAUGGCUCUACCGACAAGAUCCUGCUGUUCUAUCUCAGGAAACACCAACACUUACGCUGAGUGAUAUUCCCACUUCAUCAGGACAGUUAUGGGACUGUAUGCGUUUUCUCGACGAAAGACAACAGGAAUGGAAUGUGGAAUCUAACAACUUUCCAAAGGGAAGUGUAACAAAGCGAUCGUGCGAAGAACCUAAAAUACAAGUUUUGCGACUUGGCUCUCCUUACCCAGUUAAUUCAGAAAAUGGACGUCCUGCCCCGUUUAUGCGAGUUGUUGGUUUUUUACCCGAUGUUCUCCCUGAAGAAGUUUUUGAAUGUAUGACGGACCUGCAACGACGCAAAGAGUGGGAUCACAACUAUCAUAUGUUCAGAAAAUGGGAUGAUAGUACUGAAACGAAAGUAUUAAAUUGUUUGAAUACAGUUGAAAGACCAAUUGAAAUGGUUGCAAAGAAAAAUCCUAUAUGCCAAAAUAAUUGCUGUGUUUUGAUUCCUGAUAUCCGAAGAAGUGUGAUUGACUAUGGUUGGUUUGCACACCGUGUUGGACAUAAACUUUUAGAGCAAUUUGGAAUUGCAGAUCGUCUUUUUGUUUAUGAACGCAGCUCAGUCUGCUAUACACCCUUGAAUGUUGACACUACGAACACAUCUUUAAAGAUGUAUGACGUACUUUACAGUGGAACGGAUGAAGCAGUAAAUGAAUCUAAUGAUCAGUCUGAAAAGUUUGCGGAGUGGUUGAAUUUAUGUGAGAAAGAGCAUGAUGCAACUCGUGUAAGUGUCAAUUAUCAACACAUACUAAUCCUUCCUAUCGCUGAUGCUGCGUCGCAGCUUUGGUCAAACCCUAUGCCUCUUUCUUUCGGUGGAAGCAUGGUGGAUAAAAAAUCCACAAAGCUUGUGUAUGAUGCCUUCAUGAAUAGUGUCCGUCUGCAUAAGGAAACAAAAAGAUUGGAUGGGACACUUAUGAUUAUGACAUCCGCUAAUGAUGUGCAAAUACCAAGCAGUGUUCCAAUGUGGGCCCAGCGAAUGAUGGCUUCCUUUUUUUCUAACCAUGCAUAUCGCGAAAUGUUGAAGGCAAUUCGUUCUCACAGAAAGCAAAUUCAGUAA